GUUGGAUGGCGUCUGUCAGAUCGCGUCAAUUUGUGCGCCAAUUGUGCUAAACAAGUUUAUUGUUUUUUAUUUAUUUUAAAGGGUUUUUAAAGGUUUGAGUGUCAACAAACAGCGAAUUUCAAGUAUAAAUGGAGCAUACGCCGGCCGGCCGCACUGGCGCCGCGCUGGCCGAGAUCCCGCUGCGCCUGGACCGCCUGCGCGUGUCGCCGCCGCCCGCCGCGCCGCCCGGCCCGCGCGCCGCCCUAGCUGGGACCCCGGGCGCGCGCACGCCGCUGGCGCCCCGCGCGGCGCCGCUGCAGCCGCUCGCCAACACGAGGCUGACGCCCAAUGCGAGGGAGCGCUCGCCGGCGCUGCCGCCCGGGUAUCUCAGCCCGGCGGCCUCGCCGGAUGAAUUGCUGAUACAACAACGAGGUCGCAAGCGGCUCCCCGUAACCUGGUCCCCCGACAUCGAUCUGAAGCGCCAAUCCUUCCACUCGACAGUCCGCACGCCACCCAAGGCGCUCCCCGGCCGUCUGUCCCCGCCCAAGCUCGGCGUCACCCUCCGCUCGACGCCAAGGAAACGCCUCAUCCUAGACGAGAGGAUCCCCCUCACGCCAGAAAAGAUAGACUUCAGCGACAUCAGUACCCCUCAGAAAUUCAAAAUCACCAGCCCUAUCAAAGGCACACCGCCUAUCAAGCGUCCUCGUAUAGAGAAAACUCUUGGCGCCGAUUUUAAGAGCCCGAUCGAUAUGGCUUUGAAAGGAUUAAGCCCGACACAAUUAAUCAAUGUAAUAAAAACUAUUACUCACAAACACCCAGAAAUUGAAAAGGAGAUUCGCAUGGAAAUACCUGUUCCAGAUUUAUCGCCGCUCGAAGAACGCUUGAGCUAUUUGAAGUCUAACAUAUUUAAAAGCUUACCGUCUUCACGGUUGACAUCCAAAACUGAUUCGCCAGCGUAUUCGAGGGUUGCUACGCAUUUAGGCGCGUUUAAGAAGUGCGUUAUAGAACAAGGGAAGACUUUAGUUGAGUCUCAGCACUGGAAUAGUGUCAUGGAUUACGUUUUUCUAGCUUGGAGCUAUGUUAGGGCAACACCAGUAUGGGACCACCAGCCACAUAAUGCGACUAGAAAGCAGUGUUUCAAAGCACUGAUCAACUUUUGCAUGAGUGCCUUAAAGAAGGCUACGUUUGAUAGAGAGUUUCUGGUGGACGUGCAGGAUAAACUGCAGGGCAUGGUUUCUGAUGCUGAGGAAAUACAGUCCUGUCUCAAACAUGUUCAAGGACAGCUGCAGGAGUUUUAGUCUGAUGAUAUAGGUACUGCAUAGAGACCCACGCACAUAAUCACACUUUAUGUAUUACAGU